UACAAUUCUUAUCUCCUGACACGCAUGCUCACUCCUUCCCUGCGCUCUGCCGCAUAACCAAGCGCUCCGGUUCGCAGCCGAACUCCAUCUCCCAGAAUGCUUUGCUUCAAGUCAUUUCGCGCUUGCGCAGUACUUGGGUUGUUGUCAAGCGGUGGUUAUGGAGAUGGGAGAGAAGGAGCGGUGGAACGGGGGCCGGUUCUGUGUAUCGCCUCUGGGACUCGGCCGCUGAUAUUUUGUGCAGCGAUUAAAACUCAGGCCUUGCGACAGAAAGUCCGUCAGGCCUUAGGAGCGGUGAAAUUUGUUUUCUGCGGUGAAUAACUCUGCUUGAACCGGGGGGAUUAUUGCGUGACCUGAAGGAGUUCCCGGCAUUCGCCGCUUCCUGUCUCGUAGCGUCAAGGGCUUUAGAGUCCGGACCUGCAUAAUGCCCCACAAGCUUGGAUUUGUUGUUGUAAGUUCAUCUGGGCAUGAAGAUGGAUUUAGUGCGAAAGAGUUGAUGGUCCAUGCUCCCACUGUCAGUGGCUGGAGAUCUCCAAGAUUUUGCCAGUAUCCUCAAGAAAUCAUUAUUCAGAUGGUAGAAAGAUGCCGUAUCCGAAAGUUGCAGCUUCUGGCUCACCAGUACAUGAUUUCUUCCAAAAUUGAAUUUUACAUAUCAGACAGCUUGCCGGAUUACUUUUCUCCUUAUCAGUCGGAAAGGUUCCGAAGAUUGGGCUAUGUAUCACUAUCCGAUAAUGAUAAAACAGGCUACAAAGCAAGAGAAUUAAAGUCUGUGUAUGUUGAAGCAGUUGGACAGUACCUUAAACUGAUUUUUCACAAGAAUUAUUCAAACAGAUACAAUCUUUAUAACCAGGUUGCUCUCAUAGCUAUCAAUAUCAUUGGUGAUCCAGUAGACUUUAAUGAAGAAAGCAAUUCACCAUCAAGGGAGAAGCUAAUUGACCAGUACCUGGGAAACGGCUCUGAUGAGUCUGCUCUUGAUGCUUCGUACACAGGCAGGAAAUUGGAUUCAAUUUCUCCUCUUGAUGAUUUGGCCUUUGACAUGUACCAAGAUCCAGAAGUGGCUCAAAUAAUUCGCAAACUUGAUGAAAAGAAACAAGAGUCCGUAAGACAUGAGCGCUAUGACUAUGCCAAGAAACUGAAACAAGCCAUUGCUGAUCUCCAAAAGGUUGGGGAACGGCUCGGCCGAUAUGAGGUGGAAAAACGCUGCGCUGUUGAAAAGGAAGAUUAUGAUUUGGCAAAGCAGAAAAAACAGCAGAUGGAGGAAUACCGCCAAAAAGUGUAUCAACAGUUAGAGCUCCAUGACCUUCUGGAUAUUGCCCUAAUACGAAGAGUCUAUGAGACGUCUCUGGAUCCAAUCGAACAAUCCGUUAGCCCACAACAGCAGAGAGCGUUGUCACCACCACAGCCAGAGAAGGAGAGAAGUACAGAAAAGAAGCCAAAGAAAGAUCAGCCAGCCGUGACGGAAAAGCCGCCAAAAGUUCUCUCUCCCAAACCAAUCCUAGAGCCACGUUCUCCUUCACCUCCCCCAGCUGCCUCUCCAGCUCCGGUGGCCCCAUAUAUGAAUGUUGAUGCCUUGCCUUAUGAUGAGAGACCUCUCCCAGCUCAGAGAAAAAAUAAGGAAGAGGAGUUCAGUUAUCUUGAGCCAGAGAUAAAUGAGGAGCCAUCUAUUGAUUCUCCAAGAACGAGAAUCGCAGGUGAACCAGAGCCACUUACAGAGAAAGCUUUAAGAGAGGCUGGCGUUGCCAUUGAAGUAUUUGGAGAGGCUUUGGUUGCGGGUGCAUACUCCAAAACAUGGUCCUAUAGAGAAGAUGCUUUAAUUGCAGUGUCCAAGAAACUGGCAGAUAUAGAAAGUGGAACUUCAAAGGAUGACCUGAAAAACAUGCUCAGAGCUGCAAUGUUUCUUGUUCGUCGUGCCAUCAAAGACAAAGUGACUUCAGUUUUCCAAGCUUCUUUGAGACUGCUUAAAAUGAUAAUCACAGAUUAUAUUCCUAACCACAAAUUGGGCAAAGGGGAGACCACCCACUGUGUAGAAAAAUGCCUCCCAGACUUGCUGGUGAGAACCGGAGACUCCACUGCACGGCACAGGUUGAUUUCGUCCAACUUCAUUCAGGAGAUGGCUCUUUUUAAAGAGGUUAAGCCACUGCAAAUAAUUCCAGCUCAUUUAGUUCAGCCGCUUAAGCCAACAAUGCCCUCUCGUCUAGCUCAGAGCCAGGUGGACCUCCUGGAGAACCUGUUGAAGGAGUUAGGUGUAGAAAGCUCUGGAUUUACGGUUGACAAUGUAAUGAAGUUUGCAGUAGGCGCUUUGGAUUACACCAUUUCAGAGGUCCGUGAUAAAGCUGUUCAGAUUAUCCUGUAUCUCUACAAGCAACACCCAAGCCAAGUGCUAGAGUAUAUGCCUUCUGAGGAUUCCACUGCCCGAAAAAACAUCUUAUACAAGACUCUGUUUGAUGGAUUUGCCAAAAUAGAUGGCAGACCAACUGAGAGCGAGCUUAAGGCACAAAAAAAGAAAAUGGCAGAAGAAGCAGAAAGGCAGAAGAAGGAGGAGAUCAGAGCUCUUCAAGAACAAUUGGCAGCCCUUAAAGAUAUCCAAGCUGAGGUUCAAACUGGCAAGGCAAAAGAUACUCAUGCCAACAAAUCAAAAACAGAUGACCGGAGCAGGAAAGUAGCCCUGUCUCCUAAUGCAGACACAUCUGAUGGGCAUUCUGCAGUUGCUAACUAUUUGGACAACUUGUGUAUCUUCUGUGGGGAAAGAGACAAAUCCUUUACAGAUGAGGGUUUGGAUCUUCAUUACUGGAAGAACUGCCCAAUGUUAAAGAGAUGUGAGCACUGCAAGCAGGUUGUAGAAAUUGCAAGUCUGACAGACCAUCUUUUGACUGAAUGUGAUCAAAAAGAUUCUUUUGGCAAAUGCCAGCGAUGUUCUGAAGCAAUUCAUAAAGAUGUGCUACUGGAACAUGUAAAAGCCAAGAGCUGUAAUGCUGCAAAAGGAGAAAAGGUUGCAAAUCAUUGCCCAUUAUGCCAUGAAAACUUCAGCCCAGGAGAAGAGGCCUGGAAAUCCCACCUCAUGGGGAAAGAGGGUUGCAGAAUGAACCCACGCCGGACAGCGGCCCUUCAGAGAACACAAGUGGCAUUACAAGCAGCCAAAGCUCCAGGUUCGACAAUAACUAAAACGGGCACCGGCGGACCAAAAGUGCGGGCACCAGUAGCCGGAAGUAGGAUUCCAGCCCCAAGGGCAGGACUGAAUAAAGCGACAAGCAAAGCACAGCCGAAACGAUGAAUACACAGUGGAUCAUUUCCCUAGAACCAUAUACAGAGGGUGUUAUCCCAAUGAUAACUUGUAUUACCUCACAUCAUUUAGUUGAGCAGCACUCCUACUUCUCAUACGUGUGUGUCCGGAUGUAGCCGUUUCGUCAGCAAUACUUAAAUCGAAGCGAAACGAAAAUUCUGUUUCAUGUUGAUUCCAUUUUGUACUUUUAUGUUUAAUCAGAAUUUUAAAAAAAGAAAAACUGUUUCUGCUCACUACCAGGUCUGCUUGUGCCACCCAAGUGUGCCAAUGAGGAUUCCCAGGAGGUACUAACAACACUUGCAGGACGUCUGGCAGCAGCGAUUGGUUUGCAGGGGCACCAGAAUGAGAUCCCUCCAGUUUGAAAGCAGAAUCUUUCUUUUCCAAUAAAGAUUUGAUCUCAGGGUUGUGAUCAAAUAAUUAACAAGGCGGGGGCACAUAGACAGGUGCUCUUGGUAUUUGAAGAUUAACCUAAGGGCAGUCGGCCUAAACAUUUCCUUAAAGCCAACUCUGGCUUCCCACUAUGUACACCCCUCUCCCUAAUUAAAGAGAUAGUCCCUUGUACUGUAAAAGAGCAGCGCUUAACUUCUGACCUUUACUUCGGGCAUUUUCUAAACCUUUUCCAUUCCAAUCCACAAAUUCUACUUAAAGGAGAAGGAAAGGUUAGAACUAAGUAAACCUUAUCAGAAAGGUCCAACUAAAUAUACCAGUAAACCCUCAGUUUACUGAGUCAAAAGAAACUCAGCAUAUCUUGCCUUCUAUUGUGUACACAUGGACUUCUGUAUCAGACUUCCUGCCUUCACCUUAAACUUCCUUGUCCCAGGCUUGAGCAUGCUCAGUUUGCUC